GCCACGAGGCGACCAUUGUGGGAAUGAUGGCGUCUUCAGCUGCUCGUUCUUCCUCACGCUGGCUAACUGUCAUCGUGUCCUCCGGGCAGCACCGGCACCUCCAUGCGACGGCCGCCGUUGUCUCUGCUUCUCGUGGCUCACUCCGUGGCGAAUGCACGUUUGGAACCGGGAUGCUUUGGACUAGUGCGAGCUCGGCGUGUGGUGGGGCUGGGAAAGGAUUGACAUUGAAGGGACUACUCGGUUUCAAAGCCCCCCAGUGUGCAUUUCACACAAGUACGUCGGCCACCAAUAAGCAGGACUACUACCAGGUCCUUGGGGUAUCCCGCACAGCAAACCAAAAGGAGAUCAAAAAGGCCUAUUAUCAGAUGGCCAAAAAGUACCACCCGGACACGAAUAAAGAUGACCCAAAAGCUAAGGAGAAAUUUGCUCAGCUGGCAGAAGCUUAUGAGGUACUUAGCGAUGAAGGAAAGAGGAAGCAGUACGACACGUACGGAUCUGCGGGCUUUGACAGCGGACAAGCAGGAGGCGGGCAGCAGUACUGGUCCGGGCAGACACAAAACGUGAACCCGGAGGAGCUUUUCCGCAAGAUCUUUGGAGAAUUCUCUGCAGGACGUGGAUUCGGAGACUUUAAUGCCAUUUUUGAACAACCGCAAGAGUACAUCAUGGAGUUGACGUUCACUCAGGCAGCCAAGGGAGUCAACAAGGAGAUGUCCAUUAACACGGAAGCUGCCUGCCAGCGCUGUGACGGUAAAGGCCACGAGCCAGGCACCAAAGUCCAGCACUGCCACAACUGUAACGGCUCCGGCAUGGAGACUGUGAACACGGGCCCGUUCGUGAUGCGCUCCACGUGUCGACGCUGCGGUGGAAAGGGAACAGUGAUUUCCAACCCGUGUCACACCUGCCGCGGGACGGGACAGACCAAGCAAAGGAAGACUGUCACGGUCCCCGUGCCUGCUGGAGUGGAGGAUGGCCAGACAGUUCGGAUGCCUGUUGGAAGGAAAGAGAUUUUCAUCACGUUUAGGGUCCAAAAGAGUCCAGUCUUCAGGCGGAAUGGCGCUGACAUCCACUCGGACCUUUACGUCUCUGUGGCACAAGCAAUCCUGGGCGGCACGGCCAGGACACAAGGCCUCUAUGAAACGCUUAAUUUAUCGAUCCCAGCUGGCACUCAGACAGACCAGAGGAUCCACUUGGCAGGGAAAGGAAUCGCCCGCGUCAGUGGCUACGGUUUUGGAGAUCACUAUGUCCAUAUCAAAAUUAAAGUACCCAAGACACUGACAGACCGGCAGAGAGCCCUACUCUUGAGCUACGCCGAGGAUGAGGCAGAUGUGGAAGGAACGGUUAAUGGUGUGACAGCCACCACCACAGGUGGGGGCAGCAGUGGUAAGCAAUUUAAGGAGGGGCAUGGCCAGAAGGAAAGCCAGUUGAAACAAGAGGGCUUUUUCUCCACACUCAAGAAAUUAUUUAGUUCUUCCUGACAGCCACAAACCAGGUAAGAGGUCUUCCUGGAACUAAGAGGCUCAGAGCAAAGACGGCCCUGCGGUCGGUGUUCCGUACGCAAUCAACAAGGCGAAGGAGAUCCAAUUCAGGCGGACUAAAACGCUUUGUCCAUUUUAGCUCCAGAGACUAUAUAAAAGAUGGCUAUUUGUAGCGGUCUCCACAUGCACAAAUGUAAAAAUUGUAUGAAGACUCAUAAAUGAGAGAAAGAUUUGUCAUGAUACACCCCUGCUGUUCAUCAUGCUUACAGAUUGACCCACAAAUGUUUUCUAGCCUAAUGUCUGUUUGGCCUUCCGUGUAAUCCUUAAUUUACUUAUGUGUAAUAAACUUAUAAAUC